AUGCACGCUGGAUCAGUUUUGGGGAUGAACGAGGCGGUUGGGUUCGCUGAGAGGUCACCGCCGCUGCCACCGUCGCCGUCCGCCCGAGAACCGUGGGUCGCGAAACUCCCCAAUGGGCGGCAGGAUGACGCAGUUAAUCAGAACGGCGAGGAUUUCGGUUUGGAGGAGGCCGUGACGCAUGAGGUCGAGGUUGACGGCGCGGCUUGGACCAGUGUGGUCGGCCAUCCCAGCCAGGGCCCUGGCUCGUCACGUGAAUUCGCUUACACGUGCGACUUCGUCUUGUUUGACGAAGACCCGAGGGCGUCUGGCGGUGAUGGGGCCUCUGCACUUGGCGCCUCCCCAGAGUCCCCACUGGAGGCACUCCCAGUCGAUGCUCUGGGCCGACCGCUGGCGCAGGGGUAUCCGCAGCUGGCUUUCCGCGACGCCGAAGCUCGCGCGAACGGAUACCUCGAGACUGGCCAGAUCUCUGAUCCUCAAGCCAUCGCAAGGAUAGGCACUUGGGAUGAGAACAGGGACGGAAGGGAGGCCCUGAGGGUCCCCGCUUCUGACUUUGACCGAGAACUCGACCGUUCACUGUCCUCGCAAGGCUCUUUCGGGUCGCACCUUGGGGGUGACGAAAGCCAGGCGUCAACCUCAACGGGUGCCACGUUCUGCGCUUGCUGCGAGUGCGCCGAAGUCGACUUCAACGACAGUCUUGCUAUGAACUGGGCCCAUGAGGGCCCCGCGCGCUUUGGUUGA